AAAAACUUUGAUGAAGCUGAUUUUAGCAAUCACUUUUAUUGGAUAUCUAAGCAGCCUUGUGAAUGCACUUGACCUUCCAAUGGACGAUGACGUCUACAUCAUCACUGACAAAAACUACGGGGUAUUGUUUAACCACACUAGAGACACUGAAGGAGCAAUGUUGCUCUAUUUUUACGACGAAAGUGUAACCCCUCAAAAAGAUUACUACUCAGAGUACAAGAAAGCAGCCAAGGUUUUAGCUAGGAACAAAGAGAAAAUUUAUUGCAGUAAAGUCUAUAAGCGGGCAAACUACAAAAUUGCAACUUUCUUUAAGAUCGAAGAGACUCCUAGAAUCGUGGUUAUCAACUCUGGAGAGAAAAUGCUUCAUAGAUACUAUGAAGAGGAGGAAAGAACAGCUGAAGACCUGCUCUUCUGGGCCCGGAGGAUCAUUGCUCCAGGACCUAAAGUUUUUCGGAACAUGAGAGAGUUCAAGAGAAUUUUUAAUAGGGGCCACCAUCUGGUGGUCGGAGUUUUUGAAGAUGAGCAAUCGCCCGAAUGCAAAGCUUUUAUUAAGGGUGGUGUUAUUUGUAGAUAUGUUAACUUUGCGUAUACACUCAAUACUACUCUUGGAGAGGAGCUGGGCUUGGAAGAUCCCACUAAUGCUGUAGCUUUCUUUUAUAAACAAGAGAUGAUGAACCAUACUGAGACUAAAAUACUUCGGAAGACAAAUUCUUCUGAAACGAUUUAUCAAUUUGUGAAAGAAAAUCAUAAUCUACCGAUAGACUUGUACACUAAGUAUAGUGAUCUAUAUUAUGAUUCUGAGAAGAUGAUGACACUACUUUUGUUUGAUAAAAUUGACCUCUCAAAGGAGAACAAGGCUGUUUCUUUUUACCGUACACAUCUUUCUGGAAUCUAUGAGGAUCUUAAGAACAAGACACAAUUUGCUGUUAGCUCUGAAGAUGAAUGGAGACAUCUUAACUAUCUGCUAGACACUUCAAGAGAGGUAGAACUAGUAGCAAGGAAGAACCAACAAUGGUAUAAGUCCCUAGCCCCUGUGUCGUCUUCUUUGGACCCGUUCAAUUUCACUCUUGUGAAAGAAUUUAUUGACGACGUAUACUAUGAUCGUAUCGAACCAUUUGUAAGAUCUCAGGAACCUUUCGUGAAGAAUAACACAAAUGGAAUCAUAAAUUUAGUCGGAAGGAACUUCAAUGAAUUUACCAACCAAACUGGUCAUGAAUUCAUCAUUAUGUUCUAUGUUCCAUGGAAUCCAAGAUGUGCCAAAUUUAGAACAGAAUUAGAGGCUUUAGCCAAUGGACCUCUCAAGGAGAUCGAGAAUUUCCAUGUGGUUCAGAUGGAAGCAGACAAAAAUUAUGUCCCUCCUUUGUACCAAGUUGGGGAGAUGCCAACUAUAUAUUUCCUGAAAGACCAGGUCAAGCAUAGACCAAUGAUUUAUAAAUCAGGGUACUCAAGAAAGCAAAUGAUUGGAUUUUUAGAGCUUUAUUCAGACCUCUACCAGGCGCAUGUUGGAAUUACCCAAGAGGAUUUAUAAGUAUUUUCAAUUAUUUUGA